AUGGGGCAGCUCACAAAGCAUCAUGGAAUCAUCAAGGCUGACACCUGUCGCGGCGCGCGCCCAGGGCUGCUGCCCACUAGCGGGCCAAACAAACCCAUCAGCAAGAAGAAGCUGAGGAAGCUGGAACGGAAGAUGGGGUAUGCACUGAAGAGGAAGAUGGAGAGGGAAGGGGAGGUGGAAAUGAAGGAUUUCGAGCUAAGAGGGGAAAAUGCAGAGAAACAGCGAAAAGAAGAAGAGAUGGAGAUGGAUGUGGAAUAA